AUGUGCUCAUUCAUCAAGUUUCUUCGUCUAGCACAAGGUCAGACCAUUAUGGACAGUGCACUGCUGCCUCAUAGCAACACGGGUGAUGAAGACACGAUCUCCAUCGUGGCGUAUGGAGCCACACCGCCGUCAUCGCAGAGGUCCCGACCGGCCGUCGAGACUCGCAAUUCGUGGAGUGCUCCAUCCCCCAACAUUCAGGUAAGCUACCAGCCUCCAGAUUGGAACUCGGAUGACGGAUCUAUCGUCGACGGCAGCGCCAGACGCAUCGCAAUUAACACACGAUCAAGCAGCAGUCGAAGCAGCGGUAGCAGCCGAAGCGAUGAAGUUCCGCCGCCUCCGUCACCACCUUUGCCGGGUGGCAACAGUUUUCGAGGUGCCACUGUGGAUACCACGGCGUCAGUAAGGUCCAGUGACUUACCGCCAUCUCCUCCAACAAAUACGGCGGUGGCGAACACGACAGUGCGCCCACUCACACUGUACGGCAAAGAUAUCCUUCACAUUUUCCCGUUUGGAACCACGUCGCAAGAUGGAAAGCCCGUGAAAUGGUCCGAUACUCUCGGCGCUAUCGACACGGAAGACGACUAUUCCAUCCGAGACCCCCACUUCGAUCUCACCAACGGGAAAAUCAGCAAGCUCUUCUCUCUCUCCAACCCGGACGAUAAGGGAAUGCUGUCGUACGAAGGGUUUCGAUGCGGCCUGGAGGCUAUGGGCAUCGCGUGCGACAACGACCGACAGUUCCAGGCUUUCGUGGACGUGGUGGAUGGAGACAAAAACGGCGUCAUCUCGUACGAAGAAUUCCUCAGCGCCAUCCAAGAGAUCAAACUGGCUCAGCUCUUCAAUGACCCCUUCAUUCGCACAAUGCCAGCGUUGUUCUCGAGUGUGAAAUCUCCGGUAACGCUGGGCUCAAUUGAGUAUUCCCCGGACCGUAUACGUAGUGUAUACCCGAUCAACCAGGUCAAGAGUUUCAUCUACUCGACGAAUCCAAGCUGGGCCAAUGUCCGUUGGAUCAACGUGGAAGGGAUCAACACUCUGCUCAUGCGACGCUUAUCCGUUCGAUAUCGACUGCACCCGCUUGCCAUCGAAGAUACGCUGGGUCCAGACGUCAAGCGACCGAAGUACGUAAAGUUCGACGAACAUUCGUUUUUGAUUCUCCAGACUCUGAGUCCACGCAACAUGUCGAUCGUCAAGGAUUACCAGCACAUGUACCGUGCCUCGCAGUUUGUAUUACCGGAAGAUGACUCGCCUUUCGACAAGAUGAGCCUCACAGAACUGUGCAUGCGACUCAAGGAGCUUGACAUUGGAUGCGUCAUGUCUCUACCUCGUCAGUUGAGCUUGUACGUCAUGGAGGGCGUACUUAUCAGCGUGCAGGGUAAGAACAUGCUCUGGUCUGCUCUCAAACAGCGACUGCAUGUGUCCUACUCCAAGGUCCGCCAGCAUAGCACGGCGUUCUUGAUGUACACCAUCAUGGACGUCUGUGUGAACCAGCUCUCGCCUAUUUCCCAGACGUUCGGAGCCAAACUGAUAAUGCUGGAACGUCUGAUGUCACUGGACUCACGGUACUUCGAUUUGAGUCGAAUUGCCACGUGCUCGAGGCAGAUUAAGGGCCUCCAGAUGCACUGUAAACCCAUGCGUGAGGUCAUUUCUAAGCUCAUUACGUCCGAUGACUAUCAAGGCGAGACGCUGCAGUACUUCGCUGACGUUCAGGAGCAUCUCACGACCAUCGAGGAGGAGUGCGUACACAAUCUGGACCGCUGCAAUAGCCUCGUGGAAGAAUUCAACAACGCCCGAGCGUCGCAGCAGAACGACGUGAGCUACAUCUUGGCGCUCAUUGCGGCCAUUUUCCUGCCUGCACAAUUUCUUACCGGUGUGUACGGCAUGAACUUCCCGUACAUUCCCGAGCAGACGUACCACUAUGGAUACUAUAUCUGGUGGGCAAUCAUGAUCGUUAUUGCUGGGCUCAUUGUGCUGUAUUUCAAAUUCAAAAGAUGGCUGUAA